UCUUCAUGAUCAAUGAAGGUUUUAGAAUCAUCGUCUUCUUCUUCUUCUUCAGUCUACAUUAGACUUCGCAUAUCAUCCAUUGGAUCGCUCCUAAUGUUUCUUCUCAAGACAUGGAGAUCGUCUUCUUUCGCCUUGUAUGGAUACUUGAACUUCACCAAACAAGGUUUCAUGGAACAUGCCAAACAGUUCAAUCAAGAAGAAAUGCAAACAAGAAUAGAAGGUCAAAAUUGUGUAGUUACUGGAGCUAAUUCCGGCAUUGGAUAUUCAACUGCAGAGGGUCUUGCUUCAAGAGGAGCGACUGUGUAUCUGGUAUGUCGUAAUAAGGAAAGAGGAGAAGAUGCUGUUUCUCGAAUUCAAUCAUCUACUGGAAAUCAAAAUGUUCAUUUGGAGGUAUGUGAUCUUUCGUCUAUCCAUGAGAUUAAGUCGUUUGCAUCCAGGUUUUCAUCAAAGGAUCUUCCAGUUCAUAUCCUUGUUAAUAACGCUGGAUUGAUGGAACAUGAACGUGUUACAACUACAGAAGGGUAUGAGUUGAACUUUGCUGUAAAUGUCUUGGGCACUUAUACCAUGACAGAAUCAAUGCUCCCUUUACUGGAGAAAGCUGCACCUAAUGCACGCGUUAUUACAGUUUCUUCGGGUGGGAUGUACACAGCUCCUUUAACAGAUGAUUUACAGUUUGAAAAUGGGAAGUUUGACGGAGUAGAGCAGUAUGCUCGAAACAAACGCGUCCAGGUAGCAUUAACAGAAAAAUGGGCAGAAACUUACAAGGAAAAAGGAAUAGGGUUCUACUCAAUGCACCCUGGUUGGGCUGAGACUCCUGGGGUUACCAAAAGUUUACCUGAAUUCUCUAAAUCGUUGUUGGGAAAGCUUAGAACAAGCGAGGAAGGAGCUGAUACUGUGAUGUGGUUGAGUUUGCAGGCGAAAGAGAAAUUAAAAUCAGGUGCAUUUUACUUUGACAGAAGUGAAGCUACUAAGCAUCUCCUGUUUUCAAUGACUAUGAAUUCUCACAAAGCCAUAGAUAGGAUUGUGGAGAAACUCGACAGUUACACCGUGUCAUCAUCGGUUAAUCAUGAUAGUUAGAUCGAAAUAUUUCGAUGCAAGUUUAUGAACUGUUCUUAUUUAUUAUGUAAUGUAUGUUCUAUGAUUCAUAGGAGGAGAAAAAGAGUUACCCAUA